AUGGCACACUUAACCACCCCAAGCGCGAUGCGCCUUCACGAUUACUACUUGCAGGGCGGCGACAUUGUCUUUCGGGUUGAAAACUUUCUAUUCCGCAUCCACAGCUACUUCUUCGUCAGGGAAUCGCCAUAUUUCCGAGAAAAAUUACCUCACCCAUCACCUCCGGGAAGCAUAUCGUAUCUCACCUCUGACGAUAAUCCGUUUGUCCUCGAUGGAGUGUCGAGCACGGAUUUUCAGCGAUUUCUAUGGGUAUUCUACAACCCCGAGCUCUCGAUAUACAAUGCGAGCAUCGAGGAGUGGGAGUCCAUCUUGAGGCUCGCUCAUCUAUGGCAGUUCCAUAAGGUCAAGGCGCUCGCCGUACGCCAUCUCGAGAACAUCCCCAUGGAUGCCGUUCAGCGAGUCGUCCUCUAUGUCAAGAACGACGUUGAUGAAUCACUCCUUAUCCCGCCAUACGCGGAGCUGACCAUCCGGGAGUCCCCCAUCUCUCUCCAGGAGGGCAGACAGCUCGGUAUCGUGACUGCCCUGCGCCUUGCGCAGGCGCGUGAGAUCGCUCGCUCCCCACAAUCUCCUAAAGGACAUCGGAUCACAUCGCCCGUCAGCGCUGUUGGACCCGACCUCGAUUCGCUGAUUAAGAACGUGUUUGAAGUCUCCACUCGUGCACAGGGUGCUGAUGAAGGGGCUGCCGAUGGGUCAUCCACGGCGACGGAGAUAUCUCAAGGUCAAUCAAUGAUGAUUACUCUCUGCAUAUGA